AUGUAUAAAUCAGAAGACAGCAAGAAAGAAACGGGCUUCACCGGUCUUCUGGUACUGAUACUGGCAUCCGUCAGUUUGUCGUCUGACGGCAGUGUGGCUGCUCUCUGCAGCUCACCUUACUGCCAACCACCCUGGCUUGCUUUCCAGGGGCACUGUUACCUGUGGGUGGACAAACCAAUGUCUUGGAUGGAUGCUGAGCGCCACUGCCAGAUGCUAUCCCACCCGGGUAAGAUGGUCCACCUUGCGUCCAUCCACAGCAAAGAGGAGGAUGAAUUCAUCAAAGAUUACGUAAGGAGCGCAUCUGGCCUCGCGGUGACUCCUAGCUACUGGAUUGGCUGUAAUGACAUCGAACGGGAGAGUAAUUUCCAGUGGAGUGAUGCAUCUUAUGUGUCUUACAAGAGUUGGGCGCCAGGGGAACCAAAUAGCGACGUAGGAGAGGAAGACUGUGUCGAAUGCCGUUCCAACCCUUACAACGAAUGGAAUGAUUUACCGUGUAAUUUGAGAAGGUCUUUAGUUUGCAAACACUAG